AUGGGCAGCGGGAGCAUGGGGCUUCUCUCUGGGGUGGCUCUGCUGCUGCUGCUGCUGCCACUGAACACACAGUCUGUCUACAUCCACUACAAGGGCUUCAAGGUGCAGCUGGAAUCCGUGAAGAAGCUGAUUAACCUGGAAGAUGACCAGGUGACCAAUGACAGGAACUUCCCGCCCCCCGUGUGCCGCCACCCAGCGCUGCCCCUCGAUCUUCAGCCUGUCUGUACCUCACAGGAAGCGGUCAGCAUCUUCAGCAGCUUAAGGUCCAUUGCCACGGACAACUGUGAGCUGUGCGUGAACGUCGCCUGCACCGGCUGCUUCUGA